AUGUUUGGAAUACAAUUAUAAAAAACAACUAAUCCUACAGUUGAGAUCUCAGACAAGGAUUCCUCUUUCUCCUCUGUGCGUUUGCCUAAAGCCUUAGGCUUGGCUAGGAAGACCCUAGAAUCAUCUUCUAUUGGCAGAUACAACAACGCUACCUCAGGGCAGUACACAACUACAGUCUCUAGAUAAAAUGGGAAAUAUGGCCACGAAUCAGGAGGUGGCUGGACUUCGACAGCGAAAUAAUAGCAGAUUUUAAAGAGUAUGCAAUCAAAUUCUUCUCAACAGUCUAAUUAAUUUAAGCAUGUGCCUCUUAAUUCUAAUGCUCAUACAAACAACACUCCAACUAGCUCAUCAGUUGUGAAUGAUAGACAUAAAAAGCAGCGACCUUCUUCAUAGCACACUAUUGAGAAACUCAGGCAAAGAAUUCAACUGCAUUAAUAGGAUAAGAUUUAGAACUAUUUGAACCAGCAUCUAGAUAGCGAUAUUCAGUUCAGCAUGAGAAAGUACCGUCAGCAGCAAGGGAUUUCGCAGGAUCUGUAAAAGCACUAAAUCACAAACCUGAGGCCGAAGUCAACUGUGCUUCCUGGUGUGGCCCACUCUGUGACAAUGACAGGUUCUAUAGUUGAAGAUGAUCUCACCCUGCUUGAUGGCUUAAGUGUCCAUCAUAACAACACAUUUUAUGAGAUGGAGUCGCAGAGCGUAGGAGCAGACUUCUCAGUGACUGAGAUGAAGAAACCUCGCAGACUCAUAGACAUGAAGUACUUCUCUGGCAACCAGUCAGUUCCUCGCCCUAACUUCAAGUUAAUCAAAGAUAACGAACCUCUGGUCGGAAACUAAAGUCCCUAGCAGAGAAGAAUCCCUGUGUAGAAGCGUAAAAACAGAAAUAAAUCAAUUGAUGUGUCUUCUUCUGAUGAAAGCACUUAGAAGAAGAGAUUCACUACGCCUUAUCUGCAGCAGCAAAGAACCUUUAAGAAGGUGAGAGAUCAGAAGCAAGUCACUGUGUCUCAGAAGUAACUUGCAGCUAGUCCUAAAAACUAACCUUAGGUUAGCAUGGAUAAGCAAACUAUAAUUGAUCAGAUUUCAAAGAUGCAGUUUACGCAAAAUGAUGUCAGAGCAUUAAGAGAAGCAUUGACUAGCAAAUUUUUCUUUGGCAAUCUUCGAUAUAUCUAACUUAUGAAAGAAGGCAGCAAACCUGCGGAAAUCUAAUUUUUCCUGUCUAACUUCAGAGAAAUCUUUCACUCAGUAAUGGACACCAUCGACCUCAAACUUAGUGAGUGCUACUGGACAGGCAUGGCUGAGCUCAUUGAAGAAACCUCUUCAUUCCCAAGGUUCCUUACCUAGCUAGACAUAUGGGAUGUACUUGUAAAGCACUUCGAGAUGUUUCUGCCCUCUCAGUCUUUUCAAAAAGCGAUCCUCUAUGUCGUACUGGAGUGUGGAUUCAAAUUUACAAAGGCGAACAAGCUUUCACAACAACUGAGCGAGAGACUGAUCCAAGUAGUGAUGGAUGUGUUUCAAAGAUGCAGUAAUGAUGACUAGGAAUGUCUCUCCUUCUGCCUCUGGUCUAUGUAUCUCUAUGUCUCUAAAAAUGCACAGCAUGAUAGUCCAAACAAGCUCAUUAGUUUGAUCAUGGAGAACUAGCCAGUGGUCAGCAAGAAAUUGGUAAAUUUGCUCGCUAAUGAUAGAAGCUUUGGGGCUAUCUUGACACCUCUUAAAAAUCUAUUUGUCUAGCUGACUUAUUCGUUACAGAGGAAGGAUGUGCUGUAUAAUCAGAUUCUUAUAAACAAUGGGAUUUAUGUAAGGAUAAAUGAAAUGAUAAAGGGGGCGACCAAGAGUAAUAAACUGGCAGCUGCCUGCUAAAUGAUGCAAGUGAUGAUAAACAAAUAGUGCAAGUUAGAAGUGAUGAGGAACUAAGUCAUUUUCUUGAAUCUCUCUGAAAAGGCUAAAAGGGAUGUGAGAAGUGUCAAAGAUGUUGAACUUAACAUUGAGUACUUCAAGAUUUACAAGAAUUUAUUAGAAAUGGGCAUCAGUUAAGACUUAGUCUGUGCUUUGGAAAUAGUCUAGAUACUAAUGCUGAAGCUAGAUCAAGUACUGCGCUUGAAGGCUUAGCAUAACUUAAUCAAUCUGCUGCUUGAUGUACUAGAAAUUCUAAUCCAAGAUUACGACAGUGAUUUAAUAAAUUCUUAUGUGCUGGAGUACAGGCACAGAGACCUCAUUUUCACAAGACUUUAGGAAUUAGACUCACACAAGAUAUAUAAAAGAGCUUAUUGGCUUUUGGUUGAUAAUUUCAAUGAUGAGCAAGAAGAUGUAUUUUGUAUAGAUAAUGUUAAUAACUGUGAUUUUAUGCUCUCUUGA